GUUGCCAUCUGUAGCCCUUUGCUUUACCAUGUUACCAUGUCUUCUCAAGUGUGUUGCUGGAUGGUCGCUGGGGUGUACAGCAUGGGCUUGGUUGGUGCCACAGCUCACACGGUCUGCCUGCUAAGAGUGGAUUUUUGCAAGGGUGAUGUAAUAAACCAUUACUUCUGUGACCUUUCCCCACUACUGGAACUCUCCUGCUCCAGUACUUUUAUUAAUGAGGUAGUAGGUAUGGGCUUCAGUACUUUUAAUAUUUUUCUCCCAACUCUGACUGUACUCACCUCCUACAUCUUCAUCAUAGCCAGCAUCCUCCGCAUUCCCUCCACUGAGGGCAGGUCCAAAGCCUUCAGUACUUGCAGCUCCCACAUCUCAGCUGUUGCUAUAUUCUUUGGUUCUCUAGCAUUCAUGUACCUGCAGCCUUUAUCGGUCAGCUCCAUGGACCAAGGGAAAGUGUCUUCUGUGUUCUACACCAUUCUUGUUCCCAUGGUGAACCCCCUGAUCUACAGCCUGAGGAAUAAGGAUGUAAAAGUUGCCUUUAAAAAGUCAGAAGAUGAUUCCGAGGUGGUGUACAAGGUACAAGGAGUGAUAGAAAAAUAA